GGAAUAAUUUGUUUUCCUUCUAGGUGUCAGUGCAGUUCCAGUGGAAAAAGACCAUAUUGAAGAAAUGGUGACACGGUGCAUCGUGGAAGUGCUGUCCAACGCGCUCUCUAAGCCAAACGCACCCCCCAUUAACCCUGAGUGCAAAGAAAUCCUGAAGAAGAGUGGGAGAAACGACAGAGAGAGAAGCGAGAACAACCAGCUUGAAGCGAGGCACUUGAAAGACCCGGCAGAGAUUGAAAACCAUCAUCCCGGGAGCGUGGAGAAAGAGCAAAGUCAGGCAGAAGAGGAAUCUAAAAAGUACAUGGAAGGAAGCGACGAGGAGAAACUUGCUCACCAGGAAGUUAAAAGCAAGGAAGAGGAGGAGGAUGGACACCACUCGUCUCUUCGAGGAGAGAGACUCCAGAUGGAAGAAAAGAAACGCUAUCAGGAAAUCCGAGGAGAGGAGGAGAAGAGCUACCAGAGUGAAGAAGAAAGCAAAGAGAGCAGGCGUCACGACGAAGAGGCAGAGCGUGCUCUUCUCAACAAGAAGUCCCACUCUGGAGGCACAAGCGCAGAGGAGUUCCCUGAUGGGAAGGAUCAGAGCCCCACGGGCCACUGGCAUCCGGAGGAGGGGAUGCAGAGCCCUCACAGAAGAGUUCAUGAAGGUGAGGAGGGAGAGGCAGAGGAAGAAAGAAGUGAAAAAUACCACCAUGAGUCUGAGGAACGCGAUUUCUCCCAUCAGCAAGAGCAUGAAGAAUCUGAUGAGAGUGAAGAAACGGAGGAAGAAAAGCAACCCUACAGAGCCAAAGGUUAUCAUGGGACACACAGAAUGGGUGACUCCUCUGAAGAGAAGAGGAGCCGCGGUGGGGAGAAGGAGGAACUGGCUGAGGAGUCAAACACAGAGGAGGAGGCUCGUCUCUGGGACAAAAGGAACCACCAUCAGAAACAUCACGAGGAGUCUGAGCAGCAGCGUGAGGAGAAGAGUGGCUAUCAUGGGAGGCGUGGGUCUGAAGAGGUGGAGGAGAAGAGACGUGCAGACCGGGGAAACGAGGAGUACAGAGAAAGGUGGCAGCAGAGCGAGGAGAGCAGUGAAGAGGAGAACAAGAGGCGUCACCACAGCGAAGAAAGUAAUGAGAAAUGGCUUGAGGAAAGGAGACACCACGACGGGUCACAGGAGGCAAGGAGGCACCAUUCCGAGGGAAGGACGUACCUCGGAGAGGAAAGUGAGGAGGAGCUGGACAGGUAUCUCAGCGGUGGCAGCAAGGACAAGCAGCAUCGUGCUGGAGGGAGGUACCACCUGUGGGAUGAUGAAGAUGAAGGGUCACAGAACGCCUACGCUCGAGAGCGCAAAGGGCAGGCCAGAAGACACUAUGGCAAUGAGGACAGUGUAGAGCAGCAGCGCUACCCUGGGAACAGCGAGGAGGAGGAGGAAGAGGAGGAGGAAGUAGAAGAGAAGCAUCGCAGCAGUGAUCAGAUGGAAAAUGAAGAGGAGAACACAGAGGAGGGAAGAUACGUGGAGAGGGAAGAGUAUAGAAGCCGUCUCCCGGCAGAGAUUGAGAAGAGAACCAGGGCGUCCUACAGCCCCUUCUACCCACUGCUCUGGUGGAAGAGCCGGCACUUGGAGAAGAGGGACGGUGCAGGGGAGCAGCUUCUGGAGGGCAAAGCAGAAGGCAGGUCCCCCCUGAGCCAGAAGAGUCUUUUCCCUGAAUAUCGCGACUACGACUGGUGGGAGAAAAAGCAGCUCCUGAGUGCUCUGAACCACGGACGCACCGAGAAGAGGAAUCUUGGCAAAGCCAACAGGUACGACACAAGAAGGCAGGACAGCAAGAUGGAGCAGCUGGCACAGCUGCUGAGUUAUAGGAAGAAAUCGGCUGAAUUCCCGGAGCUGUACCAUUCUGGGGAAGAGGUGAGGAAACGUCACGUCGUCAGGACCGAGAGGGGAAGCCUGCGGCAGAGACCUCUGACGGAAGAGGAGGAGAAGGAACUGGAGAACCUGGCGGCCAUGGAUUUGGAGCUGCAGAAGAUAGCUGAGAAGUUCAAUGACAACAGGAGGGGCUGACGACCACCUGCGUCGGCGUUUCAGGGCCGGGUGUAGCUGUACCCCCAACACCUGCGUUUCGUGGUAAAUUCACUGCCACCGGAUUGUUGUUUGCCCUAAAACCAGGAAAUCCUACUUACCGUCCACUAUAGCGUAGUGAUUUAUACAGCUGAAAACCUCUUUCAUUUGCUAUUAUGCUAUUGGGAUUCUGAAUAGCAUGAAUUUUAGUAUUAUAACCUUUCAUGCGAGGCAGAUAUUUUUAAUAUGCUUGUGGAAAAUACUUGUGUUAGUGUUCUUCAGAAAUAUAUCUGUCUGAGUUUGAAAUAAUAAAAACCAUUGAUCUUGGACCAAA